AUGAACAGGUCUUUCCUCAACCUCCUUCUCGCCGCCAGCGCUGCUGUGUUUACCAUCGCUCAGCCUGUUGACGUGCAGACCACCACCGUUGUCGACACGCCUGCAACCACUGCGCCACCCCACGAGGCCCGCGUCGCCAAGCAGAUGACGGUCAAGAUUGUGAACAACUACGGUGCUGACAUUAGAACUUUCCACACUGGCGACUUCGCCGUCGGCAAACCCGGUGUCGGUGUCAUCUCCAAGGGCCAGAUGGCCCACUUGAACAACAUGGGCGACGAGUCUCUCAUCGAGGGCUCCUUUGUGGACCAGGGCAAUGGUUUCGUCGGCGAUGUCAACAUCAGCUUUGUUGACGGCUUCUCCGUUCCCAUCAUCUGCUCGUGCGAUGCCAACGGCCUCACCACCGGUUGCAGCAAGGACCUCAACAAGAUUGCCAAGUGCCCGGCUCCCAAUGGCCAAGGCUCGUGCAAGAACCCUCAGCGUUUCAAUAUCAAUGCCAAGUCGCCCACCCCGUACUUCGCGCCCUGCCACGCAGUCGGCGGCGCUUACACCUUCCCCGCCGACGACCUCUCCAACAACCUCAACGCCAAGUGCCCUCAGGAGCAGUACACUUGCUGUGUCGGUACCAACUGCAAGAAGUUCCCUAACUAA